AUGGAUCUGUCAAGCGUUGGCAGAAUGGCACCUUGGUUCAAGGCGCUGAACGAUACAUCUAAACCAGAAAACUCAACUACCUUUCCUGGCAUCUUGGACAGUGUUUUAACCACCGCUGGUCAAGCAUCGCCACUCCUCCAACUCUUUCUUUUCGUUUAUCGACUAGUCGGUGCACAACUAGGCCUCGAUCCCUCAAUCCUCUUGACCUUCCUCGGUUGUCUUUGGGGUUUGUCCAAACUAUUCGAUCAGGUGUGCGCCGUUAUAGACGGCUUCAUCAGUGACUACCUCCGAUGCACAGUUUGCGUCAAAGACAAUGACCAAAUCUAUUCCACACUGAUGCAAUUUCUGUCCGAGCAAGAAGAUGUGGCUACGAAUCGGCAUUUGGCUGCUGAGACUAUAUACAAGAGUGCUUGGGAUGAGGAGGAGGAUUCUGCUUUGGCUUUGGCUAAGACUGUUGUUGAAGAUGAUGAUGACUCUCCCAAGUAUCUCAACUUUGCCAGCGAUGCCGCGAGAUGUAACCCACGAUAUGUACCAGCUAUGGGAACGACAGGAUUCUGGCACGAAGGGGUAUAUUUCAGGGUUUACCGUAGGAAGGAAACAUUGCAGACUCAAGGCUGGAUGGGCAAUAAGGAUGUCGAGGAACUGAGGAUCUCUUGUUUCGGAAGAUCAACCGAACCCAUCAAAGGUCUUUUAAAGGACGCCAAGACCGCCUUUUUCCUCGACACUCGGUAUAAAACGACCAUCUUCCGGCCUAGGAUUAAGGAGAACCGUCGUGACGCCUGGAGUAUGUGGCAGCAAGUUGCUCGAAGACCCAUCAGACCCAUGAGCACUGUCAUUCUCGAGAACCAAGAGAAGCAUAAUGUUCUGAGGGAUAUCAAUGAGUAUCUUCACCCUGGUACACCCAAGUGGUAUGCUUCGAGAGGUAUUCCUCUUCGUCGAGGGUAUCUCUUCCAUGGUCCUCCUGGUACAGGCAAGACCAGUUUCUCUUUUGCUCUGGCUGGUGUUUUCGGUAUUGAUAUCUAUGUCAUCAGUCUUCAGGAUCCUACUAUCAGCGAAGAGGAUUUGGCUGUGCUGUUCACUAGACUUCCUCGACGAUGUAUCGUGCUUUUGGAGGAUAUCGACACAGCUGGUCUACGUCGUCCAAGUGAUGAAGACAAGGAUGAAGAAAAAGAAGGCACGGAAGAUAAAGACGAAACAUCCAAAUCCGACAAAUCUACCAAGAAGAAGAAAUCCAAGUCUAAAAAGGACAAGGAUUCUGACUCUAGCAGCUCGGACAGCAGCUCUGAAGAAGAACGCAAGAAACGCAGAAGAAAACGACGACACAGAAGAGACAGAGAAAAUACUGGAAACAAAGGUACUAAUAACAUCUUGUCCGUGGAAAGUAUUUCCCUCUCAGGUCUCUUAAACGCCAUCGACGGCGUAGCAUCCCACGAAGGACGCAUUCUCAUCAUGACAACCAACAAACCCGAAUCCCUCGACGAAGCACUCAUCCGACCAGGCAGAGUGGACGUACAAGUCGGCUUCAAGAAUGCCACCAGCGAACAAGCUACCGAGUUGUUCUAUCGAAUGUACGAGGUUUCUAAAAACAAGCCUGUUCCUAUGGCCAAGACGAAUGGAAGUGCUGUUGUGGAGGUCAAGGAUGAGGGGGAUGAUGAGUUGAGGAUGACUGCGGAUAAGUUUGGAGAACUAAUUCCUGAGGAUACGUUUAGUCCGGCUGAGAUACAGGGUUUUCUGCUGAAGAGGAAGAAGUGUCCUAAGCAGGCUUUGCAGGAUGCUGAUGGAUGGAUUCAAGCUACUGUUAAGCAGAAGGAGUUGAAGUCCAAGGUUGUAACUGUGCAGUAG